AUAGAGCAUCAUCAUCAACAACCAAAACAUCAUUGCACUAUGAUUUUUCCUCUCAAUAAUCUGAUAUGUACCCGGAAACAGAGAAGAUUUUGGUUCCUCUUUUUAGAAGCUAUCAUUUUCAUGGUGCUCCUUUGCUAAGAGUUACUAGCUGGGCUGGAAUUCCAAUGGAUUAUGUCAGACAGAUCCAUCAUGUUUUCACUGCAAUUUCACUGCAAUCUGGCAUCGAUUGAGUUAAAUACACGACCUUUGAACGUUAUCAAAAACAAUAUCUUUACUUGAUUAAAUGGAGAUGGCAGCAAGGUGGACAUGGGAGGAACGUGAACAAAUUGUAGAUGUAAUUGGCUGUGGAGCAAUUAAGUACAAUGACUUAAAAAAUGAUCAUUCAGCCGACUAUAUGCUGAGUUUAUAUGAUAUCCUCUCAAAUCAGGGAGAUACUGGUGUUUCUCUCCAGUUUGCACUUGCUUGUGCACGUUCUGUGAUCAGUAAAUCUGGGGUACCCAUGAACGAACUAAAGAUGGCCCAGGAUGUUACCAUUGAGUUGGAUGCUGGCCGAAAGAAUACUGAAGGGCGUUUGUUAGGUUAUUGUCUUGGCAGUCAGACCAAGUGUUCUCUGUCGCUACCUUUACGACCUUUCGUUGGUUUUUCGAAGAUAUUACAAGGUUCAAGUUGAGGCUGAGGUCAAGACUGAUAGCAUUCUGUUGUUAUGCGAGGCGACAGCAAUAGUGAUGGAAAAAUGUUUUGAUCUGCUUGGCAUUCAACCAGCCAGAAAGUUAGAAAGAUUCUAUGAUUAGAGAGAGAUUGAGUGAGAACCUUAUGCUACUGUGUUAGUAAUGAAGAGGAAUGUAAGUAGUAAGAUUUUCUGCACUCUAAUUCUAUAAAUAUUAUCUUGU